AUGGCGAUGCAGAGCUGCAGCUGUGCGACAGGGACACAUGCUGAAGGGCUGGGCUGUCAGCUGAGGCUGGGGCAGAGCUGGGGCUGGGGGGGCUGUGCUCGUGCCCCCAGCACCCGCCCAUCUCCACACCCAUCCCCUGCAGUGAUCCGAGCAAAGGCCGUCUCUGCGAAGGAGGUGGAUUCGGGGAACGACAUUUACGGGAACCCCAUCAAGCGAAUCCAGUACGAAGUGAAGCAGAUCAAGAUGUUUAAGGGCCCUGACCAGGACAUCGAGUUCAUCUACACGGCGCCGUCCACAGCGGUGUGCGGGCAGCCGCUGGACACGGGCGGCAAGAAGGAAUACCUGAUCGCAGGCAAAUCCGAGGGCGAUGGCAAGAUGCAUAUCACACUGUGCGACCUGGUCGCCACCUGGGACUCGCUGAGCCCCACUCAGAAGAAGAGCCUCAACCAGCGGUACCAGAUGGGCUGCGAGUGCAAGAUCUCGCGCUGCCUCUCCAUCCCGUGCUUCGUCUCCUCCUCGGACGAGUGCCUCUGGACAGACUGGGCGAUGGAGAAGAUCGUGGGCGGGCGGCAGGCCAAGCACUACGCCUGCAUCAAGAGGAGCGACGGCUCGUGCGCCUGGUACCGCGGCAUGGCCCCCCCGAAGCAGGAGUUUCUCGACAUCGAGGACCCCUAAGCCAACCGAGUGCAUUCCAGUAGCCAGUAGGAAAGCCCAGCGAGAUGUUAGACUGGUCCACGCCGACAUCGGGGCCUGGAGACAGCAUGAAAACCCAUGCAGCCCCGAGGGGACGCAGGGCACGGAGCUGCCGCGUGUGUGUGGUGCGGGGGGGGCUCACCGAGCCGUGCACGCCCUGCACCACAUGCACCCUGCGCCGGGCAGGGCAGCCCCAUUCCCUGCAGGCUGAAUGCUGGUGAGCAGCAGCGGCUGCCCCCGGUCUACAGGGGCCCCACUGCCGACCAGAGUUACCCAGCACCAGGACCGCGCUGUCCCCAUCCCGUCCCUCGCUGUGGGGUGCCAGGGGGGUGCAGCCCGGCACCGGCUGCUCCCACCCGCAGAAGCCGUGGGGCCCUCGCCCGCUGUAGCCCCUAGGGGCGGGACGGGGGUCCCCCCUGGCCCCGGGGGGGGGAUGGCUGCAGGACACCGACCCCACACCCCCUCUCUCUGAGCCAUUUCCCCAUGCACACGGCCGGCCCCGGCUCGGGGCGUUUUCAUGCUGUGCAUCCCCAUAGGGUGACGAUGUGGCGCUGGACCAGUCUGGGCAACUUCGACGUGUUAAAAGAAAAAAAAAAAAAACAAAAAAAAAGUGAAAGAAAAAGAAAGAAAAAACACCAAGAAAAAAACAAAAAAAAAAAACAAAAAAAAACACCCACCCUCUAUUCAGUCCCGUAUAGGACUCCCGUUCGCUUCUGUAUGGUUAUAUCAUAUGUGACAUUUACUCCUGUCUCUGCUGGUA